AGCCGGCCCUUCCCAACACCAACCAGGAGAUGCAGUACUGCCCCGUGACACAGUUCGUGGGUCACCUCCUGAAGCUGCUGGUUUGCCACAAUGAGAAGUUCGGCACCCAGAUCCAGAAACACGUCAAGGAGCUGGUUGGGCACGAAAUGUCACCCCUCCUCUACCCCAUCCUCUUUGACCAGACCAAGGUUAUCGUGGACAAGUUCUUCGACCAGCAGGGGCAGGUCAUAGUGAGUGACGUCAACACACAGUUCAUCGAGCACAUCAUCUUCAUCAUGAAAAAUGUAUUGGAGAACAAGACUGACCACCCCUCAGAGCACCUCGGGGUCACCUCCAUUGAACCCAUGAUGCUGGCCAUUGUCAGGUAUGUGCGUCACCUGGACAUCACGGUGUACACGCUGCACAUCAAGACCAAGCUGUGUCAGUUGGUGGAGGUCAUGAUGCAGCGCCGGGAUGACCUCGCCUUCAGACAGGAGAUGAAGUUCCGCAACAAGAUGGUGGACUACCUCACGGACUGGGUCAUGGGCAACUCACACCAGAUAGCGCCCUCGGGGACCAUCGACGUGGCCUCCGUGUCAAAAGUGCUCCUUGGGCCACCGUUGGUAACAGGCACCUUGCGGCCCCAGGCUGAAUCUCAGGGGAUCUCAGAGCAGCUUGGAGCCCCAGAGGUGUUGUGUACAGCAGCUUGGAGCCCCAGAGGUGUUGUGUACAUGGCCCACCGAUGUGUGGGCACGCCCCGCCACCGCACCAAUCCAACCCAGGCAGGCGGGGCUCCUUAA